AUGGAGUUGAAUCUGCGGCAAAGUGGGAUUGUUCGACGUAUUUCGGUCAAGAAGUGGUUUCCGACAAGGAGCGGCGUCUACACAAAGUUUAUUCACGAGCAAUACCUACGGGACGACAUCCCCUGCGGAUUAGGCUCUUGCCUCGAAUGCCGACAUUUUGAUUCGAAUUUAAACCUGAACCUGGGGUCCGACAACGCAGAAAUCACAAAAGCGGUUCCUGGCAAACAUGCUGUCAUCUUCGACUUCACAGCACUUCAGCGAUUCUAUGACCUGCUCGAUUACGACGUUUUCCAGAAUGUUACGAUUUGUCAGACAACCUGGGAUCAGCUCACGAAGAAAUGCGUUCUAGGCUAUAAAAAGUUGAAUACAAAGAUUUAUGAAGAGAAGAAUGCCCGGUUCUUCGUUUUCCUGAACGACUAUUUUGUCGCGACUGCUCGAAAAGAAAAUCCAUUGGCGUCCACUGCUCACUAUCUAAAGAAGCAUUGGGCCAACGCACUGGAGCCCGUGGUUUUGUGUGCAGAAGAGCAUGAUGUUGCAAAGCUUCAAAAGGAUUACCCGAGGGUGAUGACGUUGAAAAAAUAUAUCGAAGGAAUGAGUAAUUCGCACCGGCAAGAACUACUAGACAAAUUAGCUGCCUAUGCUCCGAUUGAAGGAGCACGAGCAAUAUUUGAGGAGCAUCUGUCGCAUGAAGUGUUGGCGAGAUCGCUGGCAACUGGGACCGUGCGAAAAGGGAAUUUCCAGGUGUCUAGAGAAAAUUAUCGCGAAGGAUACGUUUUCGUUGACGGUGAUAUGGGUACGCGAUGGUUCAUUCAAGGGCUCAAUACGAAUAGGGCUAUCCACGGCGACACGGUGGCCGUGCAGUUAUUGCCCGAAUCCGAGUGGUCUGCUCCGGAAAAAGCUCUCCGUCUGCGGGACGUUGAGGAAUAUUCGUUGAAUCCCGACGAGGAUGAAAAUGAUGGCGGCUUAGAGCAACCGGCGCGCAAAAAGGCCAAAAUUGAUGUGAUUCCGACGGCCAAGGUGGUUGGUAUCAUUCGGCGAAACUGGCGCCCUUAUUGCGGCAUCCUCAUCCCAUCUAUUCGGAAGGAAGGCCGCCAUCAUUUGUUCUGUCCGUCUGAGCGGCUGAUUCCUCGGGUUCGGAUAGAGACGGAACAGGCUGACUUUUUGUCCCAUCAACGGAUUCUCGUGGCAAUCGACUGCUGGCCGCGCGACAGCAAAUACCCGCUCGGUCACUAUGUGCGCGCUCUUGGUAAUAUCGGGGAUCGCGAGGUCGAAAACGAGGUGCUGCUCCUUGAGCAUGAUAUUCCACAUGCACCAUUCACUGAAUCUGUACUGGAUUGUCUUCCAAGCGAAGGGGCUAACUGGAAACCGGAUCUGAAGCCGCCGCGUGUCGACCUGCGAGAUCUCGUGAUUUGUUCUGUGGAUCCGAUUGGCUGUACCGAUAUUGACGAUGCCCUACAUUGCCGUGAAAUUGGCAACAAUUUAUACGAGGUUGGCGUGCACAUCGCCGAUGUCACCCAUUUCGUACGGCCAGGGACUGCGAUUGAUUCUGAAGCAGCCGAUCGAUGUACUACCGUCUAUUUUUCCGAUCGCCGUAUCGACAUGUUACCGGAACUUUUGUCCUCGAAUCUUUGCUCGCUGCGUGGUGGCGAAGAGAGGUACACAUUUUCCGUGAUUUGGCAAAUGACCGGGGAUGCGACAAUUGUCUCGGCCAAGUACCACAAGUCUUUGAUCAAAAGCUCGGCGGCACUGACAUAUGAAAAAGCGCAGGAAAUGAUCGACAACCCGAAGCUGGAUGAUGCCACCACUCGGUCAUUGCGUGGCUUGAUGAAGUUGUCCAAGCUCUUGAAACGGAAACGUGUGAACAAUGGUGCUUUAUCGCUGGCUUCUUCAGAGGUGCGCUUCGAUAUGGAUUGGGCGACCAAAACGCCGAAAUCGGUGCAGAACAAGGAACACCUCGACACCCAUUCCAUGGUCGAGGAGUUCAUGUUGUUGGCAAACAUCUCUGUUGCGGAAAAGAUUGUGGCCGAAUAUCCUGAUUGUGCUCUUCUGCGACGCCAUCCGGUCCCAGAUGAGAGCAGCUAUAAGCCCCUAAUCGACGCGGCCCAGAAGAAGGGUUUCCAAGUUUCGACAGAGAGCGGCAAGGCCUUGGCUGACAGUUUGGAUAGGUGCGUUGACCGUCAGAACCCCAUGACGAAUACGUUGCUGCGAAUGUUGACGACAAGAUGUAUGACGCAGGCACUAUAUUUUAGCGCAGGAACCAUACCGCUGGAUCAUUACUGUCAUUUCGGGCUUGCCACGCCUAUCUACACGCAUUUUACUUCUCCGAUUCGACGUUAUGCAGAUGUCAUCGUGCAUCGUCUACUGGCUGCUGCCAUUGGAGCCGACGACAUUGGUAUCGGCUUGCUUAGUCAAACGAACGUGCAGAAAGUUGCGCAAAAUAUCAAUUACCGGCACAAGAACGCCCAGUACGCCGGGCGAGCCUCCGUUCAGCUAACCGUGCUAACCUAUUUCAAAGACCGCGAGGAAGUCUGCGAUGGCUUCGUCAUGGGAAUUAGAGAAAAUGGAAUCCAGGUGUUCGUUCAUAAAUAUGGAAUCGAGUCUAUGAUUGUGGUGAAAUCGGACGAAGUGAAGGUUGAUACCGAGGCCCACACAAUCACCAGUGGCAACCAGGUGCUCUCAGAACUCGAUCGUGUCAAGGUUCGCGUGAAAGUCAAUUCGUCCAACAUCCAGCGGCCGCGAAUCGUUCUCGACCUGCUCGACCCGCAGAUUCCUGGCGUUUCGGUGGACUUUGAUCUCAGCUCGUCUGUCGGAAUGCCAAAGAGC